GUGCGCACGCAACCUCAGCCCCUUCCCCGCCCUUUCUCUUCCCGGUUUUCCAGCCUGCGGGUUCUUUCUGACGGCAGCCUCCGGUCGCGGCUCGGUGCUGGGCGAGCCGGUGUCAGCUCGGUGUCAUGUCCUACGGACCUUUAGACAUGUACCGGAACCCGGGGCCUUCAGGGCCCCCGGUCCGGGACUUCAACAGCAUCAUCCAGACGUGCAGCGGCAACAUCCAGCGGAUCAGCCAAGCCACUGCUCAGAUGAAGAAUUUGAUGAGCCAACUAGGAACUAAGCAGGACUCAAGCAAGCUACAGGAAAAUCUACAACAGUUGCAACACUCCACAAAUCAGCUGGCCAAGGAAACAAAUGAAUUGCUAAAAGAAUUGGGGUCCUUGCCACUUCCCUUAUCUGCUUCCGAACAGCGCCAGCAGAAACUUCAGAAGGAACGCCUCAUGAAUGACUUCUCCGCAGCCUUAAACAACUUCCAAGCCGUGCAGAGAAGGGUGUCGGAGAAAGAAAAGGAGAGCAUUGCCAGGGCUAGAGCUGGGUCUCGGCUUUCAGCGGAAGAGAGGCAAAGAGAGGAGCAGCUUGUCUCAUUUGACAGCCAUGAGGAGUGGAACCAGAUGCAGAGCCAGGAGGACGAGGCAGCCAUCACCGAGCAGGACCUGGAGCACAUCAAAGAGCGGGAGACAGCCAUUCGGCAGCUUGAGGCAGACAUUUUGGAUGUCAACCAGAUAUUUAAAGAUUUGGCCAUGAUGAUCCAUGAUCAGGGCGAUUUGAUUGACAGUAUAGAAGCCAAUGUGGAAAGCUCAGAGGUGCACGUCGAAAGAGCAACUGAUCAGUUACAGCGAGCUGCUUACUACCAGAAAAAAUCUCGCAAGAAGAUCUGUAUCCUGGUGCUUGUCCUGGCGGUGAUUAUUACCGUCUUGAUCAUUGUUUUCGUGGUACUAUAUGGCAAAUGAAGUGUGCUGGCUUCAAAGCCUUCCCCCACUCAGCUGUUUCCAAGGGCAAGUGUUUGUUGGAGUCUUGCCAGAACAAACUGAUCACAAGAGGAGCGCCCACGCCAGAUCGUCCUGUAAUAACUUAGAAGCUAACUACUAACUAGUCCUUGGAAUUAGUGACUUCUGGAGACAGUGUUUAUCAGCUGCAGUAUACAUUUUAUUGGUUUCACCAAUUAGGAAUUCAUUUAUGUGGAUUUUGCUUUCUCUUGUAUUCUGAUUUCCCAGUAGUUUCCUGAAAAGGCCAUUCUAAAUACUCCUUUUUUUUUUGACAGAUGACACUACAGACUUAUAAUAUUGCCUUUUUAUGUGUAUACAAAAUGUACCUUUUUACUAGUAACGAAGCUGAAUUGCUUUCUGGCAUGCAACAUAUUGGAGUUUGUCAGAAACUGUAUAGUGGGCCAGGGUUUUUUAUUAUCUAACAUUUUAAUUUGGAUUUCUAGAAAGCCUGUUCUCUAUCAGUUUUGCAAGAUUUUGGCACUGUAUUUAACUGGAAAGUAAAAAUUGCACAUGAGAUGAAGAUGAAAUGAGAAGGGUCCACUUAAGCUGAUCAGUUGCUGGGGUACCUGUUAUUAAUCUGGGUUUAAAGUUGACUUCAUGUUUUGCUAGCAUCAUCCACAAGUGAUUUAUCUUCUUAAACACUUCAUUCAUUUUGCUCUCUUUUUCAAGAAGUUAGUUUAAUGAACAGUACUGUAGUCUGUGGGGUCCCUCUCCCACCCGGCCACGUUGAAAGGGAGAAUUAGACUUAGCAUGCUUUGGGAAAAGCAAACAGAACUUGUUUGGAAUGAACCAAUCUUUUUGUUGUUACGCACUUGUGGUUCUACAUUCCUGGUGAAUGAGGAAUGUCACUGUCAAAAAGCUGCCCUCUUCCCUAUAAGGAGUCCUGGGCUCUUGCAGCUGGAAGAUUUUGAAGGCUGUUCUCAAGUUAGUUUAAAACUUAGUCCUGUGAACCUGUGAUAAAGUAAAACAAAGGUUCAUUUUUUGUAAAUAAUACUAGUUUGGAAUAGUGAUGUUAGACUUACCCUAAUUUAUGAACAAGAUUAAUCAAUCUCUCCUUGCAUAGUUUAGACAAAAACUGUUUGAAUAAAAGAUUGCUGUCUUGUAAUAUAAGUGUUGUUCACUUCCCUCUUUCAUAGGCCUAGAACAGUUAAAGGGAACAUAAUCUGUCCAUAUUCUCACAUAAAUAUGAGCAGGGCCCGCAAUUUCAGCUCACUGUUGACGCAAUUAGAAGAUUUGACCUCCCUGGGUGUAUUUCUAUUCCUUUUAACCAUUCCUCUCAUCACGUCAUCUUCUUGUACUAAGCAAAUGUGAACGGUGGGAAACGGGCCCAGUCCUGCACCAUUCCACCUACUAAAUACAAAUAAACUGUUUAAAACCU